AUGUUCGAGAAUCUCUGCACGCUGCCGCUGCAGGCGGACGUCUUCGCGACGGCGCUGCACCCGACAGAGCCGCUCCUGACCGUCGGCCUCGCCAGCGGCCACGUUGAGACCUUUCGCCUGCCGCCGAGUGGGUCCGCCGAUGAAGGCGACGACGAUGCCGACGCCGACACGAGCGUCCUCAGUGACGGGAGAGGAUCCAUCGAUACGGUAUGGAAGACGAGGAGGCACAAGGGCAGCUGUCGAUGCCUUGCCUACGGGCAUGACGGGCGGUCCCUCUACUCGGCCGGCACCGACGCCGUCGUCAAGCAGUUCGACCCCCUGACGGGCCAGGUCGCCUCCAAGCUGGCCAUCUCCAGCACGACGACGGUGCCCGACGCGCCGACGCUGCUGCACGUGCUCAACCCGCAGGCGCUGCUGCUGGCGACGGACUCGGGCGCGCUGCACAUCUUCGACCUGCGCGACGCCGACGGCGGGCCCAAGUCGCGGCGCCCCGCGCAGACGCACUUCCCGCACGCCGACUACGUGUCGAGCGUCACGCCGCUGCCGCCCUCGGAGGAGAGCACCAGCGGCUUCCCCAAGCAGUGGGUCAGCACGGGUGGCACCACGCUCGCCGUCACCGACGUGCGCCGUGGCGUGCUCGUCCGCAGCGAGGACCAGGAGGACGAGCUGCUGAGCUCCUGCUUCAUGCCCGGCAUGGGCCCCAAGAAGAACCGCAACAACGGCGUCGUCGCCGUGGGCUCCGGCUCCGGCGUGCUGACGCUGUGGGACAAGGGCGCCUGGGACGACCAGCAGGAGCGCAUCAUCGUCGACGGCGGCCUCGGCGGCAUGAAGGGCAGGAAGGGCGCCGCCGCGGCAGGCGGCGAGAGCAUCGACGCCAUCGUCCGCGUUCCGCAGGAGAUGGGGCUGGGCAAAAAGGUGGUGUGCGGCAUGGGCGACGGCAGCCUGCGCGUCGUCGACCUGGUGCGCCGCGAGGUGAACGUCUCGGCUAACCUACGCCACGACGACAUGGAGGGCGUCGUGUCCCUGGAGUUUGACUCGGCGAACCGUCUCAUCAGCGCGGGCGGCCGCACCGUCAAGGUGUGGGAGGAGCUGUCGGAGCUGCAGGGUGGAAACGAUGAGGAGGAGGAUGAAGACGAUGAGGACGAUGAGGACGACGACGCGGGCAGGAACUCGGCCAAGCGCGCGGCGGACAGCGAUGGCGACGAUGACGACGAUGACAGCGACGAGGAAGACGGCGUGGCAGAGAUGAAGCGCCGCGCCAAGCGCCGCAAGGAAGCGCAGAGCAGCAAGCUGGGACCCAUGGGCGCGCACGGCGUCCUGGGCUUCGAGGGCAUGGACUGA